ACAAAACCCCACACUCGCUUCUCUCUCUCCCCUCUGUGUGUAAAAGCGUACUCACUACAUUACAUUUACAUCUGCUUUAAAUCAGCUUUAAAUUUGAAUCCUUUUUAUGUUCCAAUUUAUGGCACACAUUUGAAUAUCCAUAUUCCUAGUUCUUACUUCUUACAUCAAGAAGCUCAAAUGGGUACGAAUCAGGUAUUGAUUUGGGUUUUUUCAGCUAUUUUUGUAGCAACAAUCCUUUUCAGCACUUGUUCCUUCGCUCUCACUGAAGAUGGCUUAACUUUACUCGAGUUCAAACAAGCUUUGAACGACACUAAGAACACUCUCAGCAAUUGGGUGGAUAACGUCGAAACUCCAUGUCAAUGGACUGGCAUUACUUGCCAUCCGACCGAUCAAAGAGUUUUAGCCAUAAACUUGCCAUACAUGGAGCUUGGGGGGUUCAUAUCUCCAAGCAUUGGUAAACUCACUAGAUUACAGAGACUGGCACUUCACCAAAACAGCUUACAUGGUCAAAUUCCUAAUGAAAUUAGUAAAUGUGUUGAACUAAGAGCAAUGUACUUGAGGGCUAAUUAUCUCCAGGGUGUCAUACCUUCAAAUAUCGGAAACCUUUCUCUACUAACUAUACUUGAUUUGUCAAGCAAUACUUUAAAGGGAGCAAUACCACCUUCUCUUGGUCAUCUCACUCGUCUCAAAUACCUGAACUUAUCAACAAACUUUUUUUCGGGGGAAAUUCCGAAUUUUGGAGCACUUAGCAACUUUGGAAACAACUCGUAUAUUGGUAAUUUAGAUCUCUGUGGUCAGCAAAUACAUAAGCCAUGUAAAACAUCACUUGGAUUUCCUGCUGUUUUGCCACAUGCUGAAAGUGAUGAAGCUGCAGUUCCUAAGCAUUCGUCUCCUUUUAUGAAAGGAGCAUUAAUUGCUGCUAUGAUAGCUUUGGGUUUGGCAGUUGUGCUGUUUGUGCUUCUUUUGGUUUUUAUGCUCUCAAAGAAAGAAAGAGCUGCAAAAAGAUAUGUAGUUGUCAAGAAACAAGUUCAACAAGAAACAAGCACACAACUUAUAACAUUCCAUGGUGAUCUUCCAUACCCAUCAAGUGAAAUCAUAGAAAAACUCGAAUCCCUUGAUGAAGAACAUGUAGUAGGGGCAGGUGGAUUUGGAACCGUUUACAGAAUGGUGAUGAAUGAUUGUGGGACAUUUGCAGUUAAAAGAAUCGAAAGAAGUCGUGAAGGUCGUGACCAAGCAUUUGAAAGGGAAUUAGAAAUCUUGGGAAGUGUUAAACAUAUUAAUCUUGUUAAUCUCAGAGGCUAUUGCAGGUUUCCUGAUUCCAAGCUUCUUAUCUAUGACUACAUGUCCAAGGGUAGUCUUGAAAAUUUCCUACAUGAAUGUCGGGGUGAAGAAAAAACAUUAAAUUGGAAUGCACGAAUAAAAGUAGCAUAUGGAUCAGCAAGAGGAUUGGCAUAUUUACACCAUGAUUGUAGUCCAAGAAUUGUUCAUCGCGAUAUAAAAUCGAGUAAUAUUUUAUUGGAUGAAAAUCUUGAGCCUUGUGUUUCUGAUUUUGGUCUUGCUAAGCUUUUGGUGGAUGAAGAUGCUCAUGUCACCACUGUUGUUGCUGGCACUUUUGGCUAUCUUGCACCAGAGUAUUUGCAAAGUGGAAGAGCUACUGUGAAAUCGGAUGUGUAUAGCUUUGGGGUUUUGUUGUUAGAGCUUAUAACAGGAAAGAGACCAACAGAUCCAGCUUUUGUCAAACGGGGUCUAAAUGUUGUUGGUUGGUUGAACACACUGCGAAAGGAGAACAAAUUGGAAGAUGUGGUGGACAAGAGGUGCACGGAUGCCGAUGCAUCAACUGUAGAAGCGGUUCUUGAAAUAGCGGGUCGGUGCACCGAUGCGAACCCAGAAGAGAGACCGUCGAUGCAACAAGUCUUGCAGUUUCUUGAACAAGAGGUGUUGUCACCAUGCCCUAGUGACUUCUAUGACUCACAUUCGGAUUAUGCUUAAUCCAUUCCUUCAUCUUUUGUAGAUGUUAAUUAUGGAAAGAUUUCUUUGUGUAACUUUCUAGAUUAAGUAAGUUGUUGAUUAUGUUUUGUAUGUAUAGAAAUGUUUUCGGAUCGAAAGAUUUUGGUGAUUCACCCCGGCUACUAAAAAUGAAUAUGCCACAAGGGUGCUCUUGUUGCUUUGUUGGAGAA